AAUUCAAUUUGAACCCAAAUAACUCAUUCAAAUAAUUCAUUCCAACAACCUCAUAAUUGGAACUUGGAGCUAACACUAUCUUGGGUCAGAAACGGGUCAUCUUCUCACCGCCGUUGGGCUGUUCCUGAUCUUUUUUAUUCGUUAUUGGGCUGUUCCGGAUAAAUAGGCCACAAGCCCGUAAUGAGUUUAAGAUAUCAAAGCCCAAUGAUAGUCAAAGGCCAAUAUAGGAAAAAACAAAACAAUCACCAUCUCCUGCUGGAUUGAACAAUAAAAGAAUGGCUUAAUUGCAAGUUUGGUCACUCGAAUUGCUAUAAAAUUUCAUGUUUGCCACUCGAAUUAAUUUAUUUCAUUUAUAGUCACUCGAAUUAGUUGAAUAGUCCAAGUUCGGUCACUCUCCGUUAACUUCCGUUAGACUCCGUUAAUGACGACCGUUAAGUGAUGACGUGGCUAACAGAAAAUCACAGUCAGCAUAAUUUAACACUAAAAAAUGACGACCCGACCCGCCACGUCAUAUUUACCCGCCAUGUCAGCCCUUCUUGCCCAACUCGCGAACCAACCCAAUUAAUUGACCCAAACCCAAACCCGAGACACAACCCCCUGAAAAAUAAAUAGAGAUCGAGCCCUCGCCACCACUACCUUCCUCCUCCGCGUCGCAACUUCUCCGCAUCCGCAGUCACCUCCGAGCUCCCCACACUCGAACCAUCCGCCGACGCCGAACUACUCUCGCAGAUGCUCCUCCACCACCACAACCCUUUCCACGCCAUGGAAUCCUGCCUCCAGCUCAACGGAAUCUCGCUCACGCCUUCCCUCCUCCACCAGACCCUAAUCCGUCUCCGCCACAGCUCCAAGAUCGCCCUAUCCCUCUUCCACUACUCUCUCUCCCUCCCUUCUUCUCCGGCCACCUCCGCCGCUUACAACCUCAUGAUCGAUAUCCUCGCGAAGGUUCACCAAUUCGACGUUUGUUGGCAGCUAAUCAUCCAGAUGGGGCAGCAAAACGACGAGGAUUCAGAUUCCCAGCCCAAUUUCACCACUUUCUCCGUCCUCAUUCGGCGGCUGAUCGCCGACCGGAUUCACCCGCCAAGCGAUUCGCGCGUUCGACGAUAUGCAAGGGUUCAUUGGGUCGAUGGAUUCGACCCAUUUCUGCUUCCUGCUCGACACCAGCCAUAACCACUGGAACAAUGGAUUUCAUCACCAGCUCGGGCCUCAUCACCCCCAUCGACGCCACUCCAACCCCGCUCUCCGGCUCCGCCGUGCCAUAUGCAGCUCCCAUGCCUGCAACAACAAAUUACACGAGCGCAACCGCAGAUCCAAGAUUAAUCCUCAUAGAUCUACGGUAACUAAAUCGGAAAUCGGAAAUAGAAAGGUUCCGAAAAUUACAGGAGAAGACGAGGGCGGAUGCGGCUCCGAGGAAGCCGAAGAAAGGAGCAGUCUCGUCGCCGCUGAACGUUGACGCCAUUUCUGAUAUCACUCUUCGCCCGGAUCUGAGCGAGUAAGUAGAAGACGAGGGAGAGAGUAGUUGCGUCGAUUGAAUGAUUGAUUCAAUGCCUCUAAUUCUUCUUCCUGAUCGAUCGAUACUCUUGCUCGCGAAUUUAAGGCAGAGAAGAAGAAAAGAGCGAGAGAGGAGACGUAUCAAGAAUAGAGCGAGGGCAGCAGGUGGAUGGCUGAUGAAUGAAAGAUGAGGAGGCGACGGCGACGGGUGGAUGGCCGUUGAAUCGGUUGGUUCGCGGGUUGGGCAAAAAAUGGUUGACAGGGCGGGUAAGGCUGAGCUGGCGAGUCGGGUCGUUUUUUUUUUUAAUGUUAAAAUGUGCUGACUGUGUCUUUCUGUUAGCCACGUCAUCACUUAACGGUCGUCAUUAACGGAGUCUAACGGAGGUUAACGGAGAGUGACCGAACUUGGACUGUUCAACUAAUUUGAGUGACUAUAAAUGGAAUAAAUUAAU